GAGAGUUUUUUUCUUUGAACUGAGUCUAAAAUGAAGUUAUGGGAUGUUCUAGCUACGUGUUUGUUGCUCCUGAGCUCUGUAUCCGCUCGCCCUCUCUUCAACCAGCUGCAGCCUUCCAGGAGAGCUCCUCAAGCCGAGCGUCGCAGUGAGCUGCUCGUCCUGGACCCAGUCAUAAACUCACAUCUCGAAACAGACAGUCUGAAACAAGGCUCCAUGGAAGAACAAUAUGACAUCAAUGGACUGCAUCCAGACCAGUUUGAUGAUGUAAUGGACUUCAUUGCAGCAACCAUUGGCAGACUGCGGCGUUCUCCUGAGAUGGACUUUGAGGGCACGGGGAAAGAAAAAGGGAGGCGUAGAGGAGCAGCAAACACAGAGAGAGGAGUGAGAGGACGAGGAGAAAGGAAGAGAGGUCGAGGACGAGGUGGAGGCAGAGGGGGUAAAGGGAAUCGGGAUGAACUGAUCAAAGGUCAAGGGCGCGGGUGCCUUCUGAAAGAGAUCCACCUCAAUGUGACAGACCUGGGGUUAGGUUACCGGACCAAAGAGGAGUUGAUAUUUAGGUACUGCAGUGGUCCCUGUUACGACUCGGAGACCAACUACGACAAGAUCCUGAACAACCUCACCCAAAAUAAGAAGCUUGACAAAGAGUCGCCUUCUCAGACCUGCUGUCGACCCAUAGCGUUCGACGAUGACCUCUCGUUCUUGGACGACAGUUUGGAGUACCACACUCUCAAGAAGCAUUCCGCCAAGAAGUGUGCCUGCGUCUGAUUUGUGCGCUUGGGGAAGCGAAAAGACACUUGGACAAAAUACAAAAGUCUCGCACUCCAGAGGGCUCAAAGCCAGUGCAGAGACAAAUGCUGCUUCUCGGAGGAAAAGUGCAGGUCUCGAGUGUGUCAUUGGGGGUUUUUUUUUCCUGCACAUAGGUGCACGUUAGAAUCGAAGGAGAAAGAUUUAAUGUCCAAAAAAAAAACAACCCUUCAGGAAAUGUACUUCAGCGACAGGAGCAACACCUCAGUAUUCACUGUUACAAAACCACU